GCGUCACCGGCGGCUGCGGCCGCGGCCCCUCGUCCGUGCCGGGCCCCGCGAGGGCCGCGCUCAGUGUGCUUUGAAAAUGUCUGAAAAUUCCAGUGACAGUGAUUCGUCUUGUGGCUGGACUGUCAUCAAUCACGAGGGUUCUGACAUAGAGACAGUGACCUCAGAAAAUGGAAGCACAAAUGAUAACCACGAGUUUGUUUCAGAAGAAUAUGUUUCUUUGCAAGAAGAGGAGCAGGCUAUUGAUUUGCAAGCUCAGUGCAACAAUGAUGAAGAGAUCCCAGCAGUAGAUAAUACUCUAUCUGGUUUUGAGGAAACUCAGCCAGUUCCAGAGGAAAACAAAGAAAAAGUUCCUGAUGAUGGGUCCUGCAUUGGAACUAUUAGUGAUGAUUCUGACAUUGUUACACUUGAAGCUCCAAAACCAGAAGAAACUCAGAGUCAAGAGGAAGCUCCAGCUGAUGGUGAAGAAGCUCAGAGUUCAGAGGAUUUUAACAUGGGUUCCUCCUCUAGCAGCCAAUAUGCAUUUUCCCAUGUAGAAACUGUUUUCUCAUCGCAGGCCAGCGCGGCGGAGUCCAGCAGCGAUGAGAGCAGCAGCCAGAGCAGCCCCGCCGUGCGCAAGCGGCGCCCCAGGAAGCGCGGGGUGUCGAGCUCCGAGGCCGAGGCGGCUCCGGCCGAGCCCCAGGCGGAGCCGCCCCGCCAGGAGCAGCCGCAGCAGCGCCCGUUCAGCAGCGGCCUCAACAGAUGCAUCGUCCUGGCGCUGGUGAUCGCCAUCAGCAUGGGCUUCGGACACUUCUAUGGUACAGUGCAGAUCCAGAAAAGGCAGCAGCUGGUGACAAAGACACGUGAAUUAAAAGAUAUGAAAGAUGACCUUUACCAGUGCCAACAAGAGCAAGGAGAUCAAGUGCACCACAAAGUGGGGUCACCCAAGGGAGAUCUUGCCACAUGUCUGACCUUUACUGAGGAGAAGAAAUCUUUUGAUUCUCAAAAAAAAAGUCUUGCUGCAGAAAAUCAGCACUUAAGAGAAUCUCUAGAGAAGGAAGAAAAAGCUUUGGCCUCACUUCAGGAAGAAUUAAGGAAGUUAAGACAACAAAUUAGAAACUUAGAAGAUAAGGGUAGUAGCACUGAAUCUAUUGUAAUAGAAAAUCAGAAACUAAGGGAGCAUUUGGAAGAGGAAAAGCAAAGGAACAGCAAUUUUCUCAGGCAAAAGGAAACACUCUUUGCAGAGGCACAGAUGUUAAGGCGAGAACUGGACAAAGAACGUCACGUUACAGAAGCUCUGAAAAAAGAGCUAGAGCACUUAAGUUCUCGUCAAACACCUGACAGUGCUAAUGAUGAUGAUGAGACAUUACGAGAAAAUCAAGAAAUAGAAAUUCUGCGAGGAAGACUGGCAGAACUAGAAAAAAAGCUAAACUUUGAGCAACAGCGCUCUGACUUAUGGGAGAAGCUGUAUGUUGAAGCAAAAGACCAGUCUGAAAAACAAGAAAUUAAUGAAAAUGGACAAAAGAAAGGUGCUAAAGGGCAAAGUAAGAGUAGAAAGAAAUCAAAGGAGACAUUUUUUGGUUCAGUUAAAGAAACUUUUGAUGCUAUGAAAAAUUCCACGAAAGAGUUUGUAAGACACCAUAAAGAAAAGAUUAAGCAGGCUAAAGAAGCAGUGAAAGAAAACCUGAAAAAAUUCUCUGAUUCUGUAAAGUCUACAUUCAGACACUUCAAAGAUACCACAAAAAAUAUCUUUGAUGAAAAAGAGAAGUCAUCAAGCGAUAAAAGAUACGAGGCAAACAAGAAAGCUCGAACUUUUUACCGAGACCAUAACUCCUACGAGAAUCUGAAGCACAUGCAUUACAGGGGACCUCACUUGCCAAAAGAGUCCAGAAAUGGAAGAAAACAUCAUUUUACAACAUUUGGAAAAGAUUCAGAUUCCCAGAAAUGUCUCAAUGAUCAUUUGUGUAGUAGAAAACAUCAGUUUGCCCUAAAGGGCUGCUCUGGUAUUUUUGAAUGUGCUCAUCAAGAAUUCAUUAGUCUCUUUAACAGAGUUUCAGAUCCCAUCAGGGUGGAUGAAUUUAAUCGGCUCAUGAGAAAGUAUUUGCAACAAGUUGUACAUAACUUUCAUCACUGGAGAGAACUAGAAAAUUUCAUCAAUAAGUUUUUUCAUAAUGGAUUGUUCAUACACGACCAGAUGCUGUUCACUGAUUUUGUUAAUGAUGUCAAGGAUUACCUGGAAGAUAUGAAGGAAUACCAAAGUAACAAUGAAAAGGUUUUUGAGGAUUUGGACAAAUACGUCUACAGAUACUACUUCCAUUAUGAUAAUUCACCCCAGUAUGGACCCAGUCGACCUAAAAGACCUUUUACACAAACUGAAAAUUCCAGACAUGAAAAACAAGCUCAGAAGUACCAACACCGUAAUAAAAGAGAAGGAAAGCCUGCUAGAAAAAGAAGUACCUAUCCUUUUUGAUCCUGUCCGGAGCGGAUAUUCACCAGCCACCGCUGUUUGAGUGCAUGGACUUCAUUAAAGAUUUGAGGGGUUAAAAGGUACUGUGACUGCAGAUGGUUUUGCUUUUCAUUGUUGCUUACUUAAAAGUGCAGUUUCUGGAAACAGAUGGCACAUUUGUUUUAACAUGGAUUGAGAAGAAUUCCAUAAAACAUUACUUUGUGGCCUGUAGAAUUUGCACAGAGGAGAGGACAUAUACGAAUAUUAUAUAUAUAUUGGUGGAAUGAUAUCAACACUCUUAUUAGGGACUAGAGGGGUCAAUUUUAAUAUAAGCUGUGCUUUAAAAAGUUGUGGGCAAAAAUUUUCAAAACUUUUAACUAUAACUCUUCCCUAAUUUAUUUUGUAACUUAUCCUCAGCAGUAGUUUGUUUCAUCUUGCAGUUACCAUACCUGUUCUAGCACAUUGAAGAGGAUCAAGUGACUGGGCAAUAAUGUGUCAUUGUAAAACUCCUUAUUCAGCCAGCCAAGUGGGUUAGAGUAGAACACAUCUGCUUCAUCAACGUAGCUCUCAUUGCCAGUUAGGUUUGGGGGACACUGAAGGAAUCUCAUUUUUAGAGGACAAUGAACAUGACUAGGGAGAAAAACAAAAACACACAUUUCAUGAUAAACUGACCAGAAUCAGAGAUUUGAAAUGACUCAUCACUUUAAAAGAUACCUCAGUCAAAAAAAAAAUCAAUUAAUUUUUUUCCUCAGAGUAGUAUUUUCUUCCCUUCAAUACUUCAUAGGAAAGCAAAGUAGAACAAGCAGACUCAGCUUCAAACUGCUGGGACUGUGUUGUUAGCAGUUAACAGAAAAUACAUUUAUCUUAAUAAAAAUACCAUUUGCCCAACAUCAGUUUCUUAAAAAGGUACUUUUCCAUAUCAGCGUCACUAUUUAUAUCUACUUUAACAUUUUUUUUACUUGCCAGGAUCUACUGAAAACCUUUUGCAGUGACUCAGUCACUCUGUUGUAAUGACAUAUCUUUACUGCCUAGCAGCAGAAGUAAAAUGAAUACAUUUUGAUUUUAACAAUUAGUGUUUCAUUUUGCUACAAAUGUUACCAUAAUGAAAAUGGGUGACAUACUUGGUGAAGUCAUUAGACUUACUGCAUAUCCUCAUACAAAGCUAUUUCACAAAAAUGAAUAAAGUUUAAUGCUGAAUUUUAUUCUGUGGUAUAAACAUUUGGCUUAUGUCCCCUAUUCACUCUUUAUUAACUGUAUGAAAAAUCAAAACUCUUCCUGUAUACAUUUAUCUAUCUCAAUUUAUUAAGCCUUGGAAAAAAGAAAUCUUGAUUUCUGAUUAAGAGUUUGCACUCUAAUGUAGUGCACUGUUAAUGCUUUUAAUACCUGUAAAAUGGAGUAGAGUGGCAUGGCAUCAGGAUGAAGACAAAAGCUUGUGACUGCUGAGAGUUCUUGCAGAGCUGCUGGAUGUGACUCAUAACAUCCAGAGUGCCUCGCUGGUGCACCAAGCCUGUGUACAGGGCUGGGACUAAAUUGGAUAAGAGCAGGAAACUUGCUGCAGUCUUCUUCCAUGCUUUCAAGUGUUUCAAAGAAUAUCCUACAGAAAUAUUUGAGUAAGUUUGAGAGAUAAACAAUUCACACAUUUUUGAAAGUACCCUAAUACAGUGGCAAACUAUUACUCAGUAAAUAGCAAUACUUUGCUUUGAGAUGCUUUACUACAGUGUUCUUUGAGUCUUUACUCUUUGAAUGGAAAUUCAAAGGUUAGACUUUGCUCUUCUUGGAUUUAACAGAGUAAAUCUUAAACCCACACCUGUCUCCUGAAAUACAGAAAUACAGUUUCAAAACCAGUGCUUUGUCUAUUUAAAUUUAAUUUCUUGUAAUGGAAAAUAGUCCAUUCAAUAGUUUGGAUGAAUGAUAUUUGACAACUUACUGAUGUAUUCUGAUUCAUGCAAGUCCACGUAGAGCCAGAAUAAAUGGUAAUACAUGUG